AUGGCAACGGAGAAUACAACAUCUUCGAAUGGAGGAGGCGGAGGCGGAGCUGCUACACCAAAACCUGUGGGGAAUAACGCGACCGCGGGGGGGCAUCAGAACACACCUGUUAAGAACGAGUCGUCUGCCGCAAAUGGACAGUCACAGCAAGCGCAGCAGCAGCAGCAGCAACAACAACAACAGCAACAACAACAACAACAACAACAACAACAACAACAACAACAACAACAGCAACAGCAGCAGCAGCAGCAGCAGCAGCAGCAGGCGGCGGCUGCAGCGGCGGCUGGAAUCCCCUAUUACGAGAAACAACGAGCGCAGCUUAAGGAGUUGUUGGCGAAGAGGAGGGCGCUGGAUAAGAGACUUGCCGCUCAAGAAGAACACAUUUUCCAAAAGGAGACGGAGUACCUCGAAUCAACGCCGCACGGAAACAUCAUCAUUGGGUUCGACAACUAUGCCAAGGGAGGAGGCGGCGCUGGGCAGGGACCAGGCGCUCCUUCGUCUUCUGCUGCGAGGAGAAAGGGCGGUGGUGGAGGUGGUGGUGGGAUGCAAGGGGGGGUGUUGAAUGAUGCCAACAGGGUCUUUUCUCGUAGUUCGAUUUCGUACAAUCUGGCGGCACAGGCUCAGUUGGCUCAACAGCAGGCUGCCGAGGGUGUCACACCGGGUAGUACGCCAGGGCCUACGCCGAUCAGUGGGAGUUUUGCUGGAGGAGACAGUUCAAAGGUUGGGACACCUACUAGUGCUGGGGGUGGGAAUGGGGGGGGGAGUAAGGCGGGGAAGAAGGGGAGCAGUAAAAGGCCAGUAGGAAGAGGGGCGGCGGGUGAUGGGGACGGAGAUAGUGAGACUGAUUCCCGUGAUGCUAAGAAAAUUAGGACUGGCUUUGGGGCGGGGAGGAAGUGAGAUCACUUGAAGAAGGUGGUGAUGAGCAGGGACUGUGUUGUACCAACAUGGAAGUUGUGAUUUUAUGGUAGGAUGGAUGGGAGCGAAUGGCAUGAUACCAAUGGCGUUUCUUUUUUUUUCUUUUUUAUCUGGGCAUGAGGUAUGACCUCAAGAUGCAUAUGGCGUUUACUGGCGGUGUUGACGGCAUUCUUGUACGAGUACUUUUAUAGCAGUUGUCUGAACAAAACAGGAUUGUAUCUUGUCUGGAGGAUCAAGUUUGUGUCGGACAGACUUUUCACGGGGAUUAAAGGUUGCUUUGCAUAUGCUGGACGGGAGGCUUCCUAUCCAGCACCGGGAAUAAGGGCUGGAAUGUUGCAAUGGGGCCCGGAAGGCUCGGAUGUCGAGGUUGGGA